AUGGCUGGCAUCGAACAGUUGGAAAUCCACAGCAAGGCUUACAUUGUGCGAUGGGUCAAGGUUGACGUCGGUCACACCAUAUCAUGGAGUGUACAGCCGCACAAGAAGUCGAUACCACCACGUCUUGAGCCAGGCGCUGACGUUGCUUGCCCACAUACAGACGGCGUCGCAGAGACGAAACCGGGUCUUUUCGCUAAAAGGGACGUCAGCACCGCGCAGGACCAGCUCGCGAAGAAAGGCUUUAUACCCAUAAAAUGGCAUGGAAAAUGCGAAGCAGACAAGGUCUCGGUUGGGACCUACGACGUGACGCAGGGCGGCAUGUUUGGCCUGGUCUUCGACAACACCUUUUCCAAGCAGACGUCCAAGACAGCCACCUUUGUCCUCCUGACUUACCCGACGGGCGCCCCGCCCCAGACCGCCCGUCAUCUCCCCAAUCUACAGGCCGGCCCAGCUGCCAGUACCAGCAGAUCGAGUCUAGGGAAAUCGACCAACAGCCCGCGACUGGGUGCCGUGACCUCGGAAUCCGCCGACAGUCUACCUAAUCACGUUGCGCAGCGUGGGCGCGCAUUGUCAACCCUGUCAACCGCCGCUGGGAGCGACAGCGGGGUGUCGAGUUCCUAUCAUGUCGGCGUUUUGCUGAAGCGGAGGCGUAAGAAGGGACAGGGCUAUGCUAGACGCUUCUUCUCGCUCGAUUACACGACUUGCACGCUCUCCUACUACCACAACCGCAAUUCUUCAGCUCUCAGGGGCGCCAUCCCUUUGAGUCUAGCCGCGGUUGCCGCAGAUGAGAGGCGGCGCGAGAUCACCAUCGACUCCGGGGCAGAGGUUUGGCAUUUGAGGGCAUCAAAUGCGAAGGAAUUUACGGACUGGGCCCGGGCACUGGAACGGGCAAGCAAGAUCGCGAGGGGGUUAGAGAGCGCUGUGGACGACCCGGCACCUGAGGCACGGGGCGAUGCGCCGGCUUCGCAGCCCGGUGUGGCUUCCCGCAAUACACAGCAGGAGGAGGACAGGGACUGGGAGCAUGUCGAGUCCCUGGUCAGCAGGAUCGUAGGUACCAGAGACGCCCUUCGGCGGUUGGUCAAAGACAUGGGCGCCGAGAAGCGGCCGGCCAGUAACCCUGGGGCAUACCUCUCGCCGACCACUCCGACGGUGCCGGAAGACUCGGAUGGCUACUUCCCCUCCCAGCCUGACAAGCGUUCGUUCUGGAAGCGCAAGGCGAGCGGUUCCUCGUCGCCGCUGACGCCACAGUCCAUCCAGACUGCUGUUAGCGGUUCCCUUGCGGUCCCCGCACCCGCCGUUGCCACGCCAGUUAUGAACGGCGCCAAGUCCCCAGCCGCACCGCAGGAGGACCGAGAUACAUACGACAACUGCGCGGCGCUGCUCAAAGAUUUGGACUCGGUGGUUGUUGAGUUUUCAGCUCUGCUGAACACCAGCAAGCGAAGGCGGAUCCCAGCGCAGCCACCGACCGCGCCGAGACUGAGCCUCGAAUCCACAGCAUCGACCGUCGAGGAGUUCUUUGAUGCCGAAGUCGGUGACAUGGACAAGUCUCAGGUAAUGUUGAUCAACCGCCAUAGCGAAGAGGACACGGCAGCCUCCGACGCCGAGGAGGUUUCGAUCCACGAGUCAUCAUCAGCGUCGUCGGUUGAGGACGAGGAAGGCCAGUACACUGGGGACGGUGUUGGGAGUCUGUUCCCGACCAAGCCAAAGUCACUAUCACCACUCCCCAUCACCGACGCCGUCUCACGCCGCAAGACCAUCCCCCCGGCCAAGCUCGCGCCGCCAAGCCUGAUCGCUUUCGUCCGCAAAAACGUAGGCAAGGAUCUUAGCACCAUCUCCAUGCCCGUGUCGGCGAACGAGCCCAUCUCCUUGUUGCAACGCAUGGCGGAGCAGCUCGAGUACGCGCAGCUCCUCGACGCAGCCGCCCAGCAGAGCCAGCCGCAGCAACGCCUGCUCCGCGUCGCCGCCUUCGCCAUAUCCCAAUUCAGCAACGGCCGCGCCAAGGAACGGGCCAUCCGGAAGCCGUUCAACCCCCUGCUCGGCGAGACCUUCGAGCUCGUCCGGUCCGAAGCCGAAGUCCCCGGCGGGUUCCGCCUGCUGGUCGAGAAGGUCUCGCACCGCCCCGUGCGGCUAGCCAUGCAGGCCGACGGCGCACACUGGUCGUUUGCGCAGUCGCCGGCGCCAACACAGAAAUUCUGGGGCAAGAGCGCCGAGCUGACGACGGACGGCCGCGUGCGGGUCAGCCUGAGGCUGCCCGACGGCAGCGACGAGUACUACAGCUGGAACACGGCGACCGUGUUCCUGCGCAACGUUGUCAUGGGCGAGAAGUACGUCGAGCCCGUCGGCACCAUGCACGUGUGCAACGACAGCACGGGGGCCAAGGCCGCCGUCGAGUUCCGCUCCAAGGGCGUCUUCGGCGGCCGCGGCGAGGAGGUCCAGGUCGACGUGCUGGGGCCCGACGGCGCCCAGUCGGGCGUGUCCAUGAACGGCACCUGGACCGGCGCCCUCAAGGCCGUGCCCGGCGGGCAGGAGGUCUGGCGCGCGGGGAGCCUGGUCGACAACCCGGUGACCACGUACGGGCUGACCACCUUCGCCGCGGCCCUCAACGAGAUCACGCCGCUGGAGAAGGGCAAGCUGCCGCCGACGGACUGCCGGCUGCGGCCGGACCAGCGGCUGGCGGAGCAGGGCCAGCUGGACGAGGCGGAGGACUGGAAGGUCAGGCUCGAGGAGGCGCAGCGCCAGCGGCGGCGCGUCAUGGAAGAGAACGGCGAGGAGUAUAGGCCCAGGUGGUUUGUGCAGGCCGACUCGGCCCAGGACGGCGAGGAGGUCUGGCGCCUGAAGGGCGGGAAGGACGGGUACUGGGAGGAGAGGGCAAAGGGGACUUGGUCGGGGACGCGGGGCAUCCGCAUCGCCAUCGACCGCGGCGGCACCUUCACAGACUGCGUCGGCAACUACAACGGCGAGGACGUAGUGAUCAAACUGCUAUCAGAAGACCCAGCCAACUACAACGACGCGCCGCUGGAAGGCAUCCGACGCAUCAUGUCGCACUUUCUCGGCGGCAGCAAUGGCAGCAACGGCAGCAACGGCAACAAUGGCGAGAUCCCGCGCGGCCAGCCGCUCGACACCAGCCGCAUCGACUCGAUCCGCAUGGGCACGACGGUCGCGACCAACGCGCUGCUCGAGCGCAAGGGCGAGGCCAUCGCCCUGGUCGUCACGCGCGGCUUCGCCGACUGCCUCGUCAUCGGCAACCAGUCGCGCCCCCGCAUCUUCGACCUGGCCAUCCGCAAGCCCGACGUGCUGUACUCGGCCGUCGUCGAGGUCGACGAGCGCGUCACCCUCGAGGACUACGCCGAGGACCCCGCGCGCGCCGUCACGAGGGCGGAUGCGAAAGUCGGCAGUGCCGAGGCGGAGGGCGCAGAGUUGGUCAUGGGCUUGUCCGGGGAGGCGGUCAGGGUGCUGCGCCGGCCCGGUCGGGACGCGGUGCGCGAGCAGCUGCAGAAGGUGUUUGACGGCGGGAUCCGCAGCAUUGCCGUGUGUCUGAUGCAUGCGUAUACGUUCCCGGGCCAUGAGGCGCUGGUGGGGGAGGUGGCGAGGGAGAUUGGGUUCGAGCAUAUCUCGCUCAGUCAUGAGCUCAUGCCCAUGAUCAAGUUGGUUCCGAGGGCAACGUCGGUGUGUGCGGAUGCCUACCUCACGCCGGCGAUCAAGAGGUACAUCUCGGGCUUUCAGCAGGGGUUUGAGGGGGGGUUGGGCACGAAGAGCGUGACGCAGGAGAAGGGGAGCAAGGGGGCGCGGUGCGAGUUCAUGCAGAGUGAUGGAGGGCUGGUGGAUGUGGACAGGUUCACCGGUCUGAGGGCGAUUCUUUCCGGGCCAGCGGGUGGUGUGGUUGGGUACGCUAUCACUUCGUAUGAUGAGAAGACGAAGAUCCCCGUGAUCGGUUUCGAUAUGGGCGGCACUAGUACAGAUGUCUCGCGGUAUGGCGAGGGCCGGUAUGAUCACACAUUUGAGACCACGACGGCCGGAGUUACGAUCCAGUCACCCCAGCUAGACAUCAACACCGUUGCUGCCGGCGGUGGGUCCAUGCUCUUCUUCCGGAACGGCUUGUUUGUGGUUGGACCCGAAUCUGCUGGCGCCCAUCCCGGCCCGGCAUGCUACCGGAAAGGGGGUCCCGCUACCGUCACAGACGCGAACCUGUUUUUGGGAAGGCUGCUGCCGGAGUUCUUCCCCAAGAUCUUUGGCAAGAACGAGGAUGAGGGACUGGAUCUAGAAGCUAGCAGAAAGGUGCUUCAGGAGCUAGCCGACCAAAUUCACAGAGAGACCGGCAAGGAGAUGGACGUUGAUGAGGUUGCCUACGGCUUCCUGACCGUUGCUAACGAGGCCAUGACACGGCCCAUCAGGAGCAUCACCGAGGCCAAAGGACACGAUACGUCGAAGCACCGCCUGGCUACUUUUGGUGGUGCCGGCGGUCAGCACGCCGUUGCCAUUGCUGGUUCCCUCGGCAUCAAGCAGAUCCUCAUCCACCGCUAUUCUUCGGUUCUAUCUGCAUAUGGUAUGGCAUUGGCCGACGUCGUUGACGAAAGGCAAGAGCCCGAUUCCGCCGUCUGGACUGAUCAAGGGGACGUGGUGGACCAACUAAAACAGAAGAUGGAGGGUCUCAAAGACAAGUCUCGUCAGGCAUUGAGGGGCCAGGGAUUUGAGGACGGAGAGAUUGUCUUUGAGGAAUAUCUCAACAUGAGGUACCGUGGCACCGAGUCUGCCCUCAUGAUCAUCAAGCCCACUGCUGUUGAGCGCGAGUGGGACUUUGGCACCGCCUUUGUCGAGCACCAUCGUUAUGAGUUUGGCUUCACCCUAGAUGAUAGGGAUAUCAUCAUCGAUGACGUCCGAGUCCGUGGAAUCGGUAAGAGCUUCCGGUACGACGAGAAGACUGUUGAUGAGCAACUCAAGGCGGUCACCCGGAAGGAGGUGUCAACUGAAGAGAAGCACUCCGAGGCCAUGGUGUACUUUGAGGGCGGCCGUGAAAACUCGCCCAUCUACAAACUCGGUGACCUCUCCGUGGGUGAGGUCGUCAACGGGCCUGCUAUGCUAGCGGACGGCACCCAGACCAUUGUGGUCACCCCCAAUGCCACAGCUCUCGUUCUUGAGACACAUGUCAUAAUCGACAUCCCCGAGACCGAAAAAGACAAGUCCUCGCAGGCGGCAGAGGAACGCGAGGUGGACCCCAUCAUGCUCAGCAUCUUUGGCCACCGGUUUAUGGCCAUUGCCGAGCAGAUGGGAAGGGCUCUGCAGAAGACCAGUGUCAGCACCAACGUAAAGGAGCGACUCGAUUUCUCCUGUGCCAUCUUUGACGAACAUGGCGGUCUGGUUGCCAACGCUCCUCACCUACCUGUCCACCUGGGCUCCAUGUCGACCUGUGUCCGGCGUCAGGCCGAGAUCUGGAAGGGCAAGCUCAACAAGGGGGAUGUGAUCAUGUCGAACCAUCCAUCUUACGGUGGCACACAUCUUCCCGAUGUCACCCUAGUCAUGCCCGCCUUCAACGAGGCCGGGGAUAAGAUUCUAUUCUACGCUGCGUCACGGGCACAUCAUGCCGACAUUGGAGGCAUCACCGCCGGAAGCAUGCCGCCUCAUUCUAGAGAGCUCCACCAGGAAGGGGCAUCCAUCAAGAGUGAGAAGCUGGUCAGCGAGGGCAAGUUCGACGAGGAGCGCGUGAUCGAGCUCUUUUACAAUGAGCCCGCCCAACAGCCAGGCUGCAGCGGUACACGCUGUCUCGCAGACAACAUCAACGACCUCCGCGCUCAAGUGUCGGCUAACCAGAAGGGCAUCUCUCUCAUCGAGGGCCUCAUUGCCGAGUACGGCGAGCAGACGGUCCAGUUCUACAUGGUGGCCAUCCAGAACAACGCCGAACAACAGGUCCGCAGCCUCCUACGGACCGUCCACAAGCGCUUCCAGGGCAAAGAUCUCUCGUCGGAGGACUUCAUGGACGAUGGAAGCCCGAUCCGGCUCCACAUCACCAUCGACGCAGAAAAGGGUGAAGCCGUCUUCGACUUUGCGGGCACGGGGCCCGAGGUGUACGCCAACAUCAACGCGCCCGAGGCCAUCUCGUACUCGGCCAUCAUCUACGCGCUGCGGUGCAUGAUCUCGGAGGACAUACCGCUCAACCAGGGCUGCCUGAAGCCCAUCACGGUGCGGAUCCCGCCCAAGUCGCUCCUCUCCCCCUCCGACAACGCGGCCGUCGUCGGCGGCAACGUGCUCACGUCCCAGCGCGUGACCGACGUCAUCCUCAGGGCCUUCGAGGCCUGCGCCGCCAGCCAGGGGUGCUGCAACAACCUGACGUUCGGCUUCGGCGGCAACGUCACGGGCCAGGACGCCGUGCGCGGCUUCGGCUACUACGAAACCAUCGCGGGCGGCAGCGGGGCCGGGCCCAGCUGGGAGGGCACCGACGGCGUGCACGUGCACAUGACCAACACGCGCAUCACCGACGCCGAGGUGUUUGAGCGGCGGUACCCGGUCCUGCUGCGCGAGUUCUCGGUGCGCCGCGGGUCCGGGGGGCGCGGCCGGCACCGCGGCGGCCACGGCGUCGUCCGCGACAUCGAGUUCCGCAUCCCCCUGCAGGUCUCCAUCCUCAGCGAGCGCCGCGUCUACCGCCCCUAUGGUAUGGCUGGUGGCGAGCCCGCCCAGUGCGGCCUGAACCUGUGGGUGCGCAGGGUGAAGAAGGCGAGCUGGGAGAGCAGUCUGCGGAAGCUGCAGCUACAGGGAGGUGGUGGCGGCCCUGAUGCUGAGGAUGAUGAUGAUGAUGAUGCUCAAGGGGGAGGUGACACCGAGUACGAGGAGCGGCGCAUCAACCUCGGGGCCAAGAACAGCGCGCCCAUGAAGGCGGGUGAUCGUAUCAUCGUGCACACGCCGGGCGGCGGCGGCUGGGGCAAGGUCGGCGAGCCGAAGGCGCUCGGUCAGAAGUCGGAUCCGACGCAGAACUGGAAGAAGGGAUCGCAUGCCGCAAGGGAGGAAGCGGCGCUGCAGGUAUGA